AUGCCGACAGAAGAAGAGGAAGAGGAAGGUCUCUUCAUUUCGCAACAUCCUGCUCCGCAAAGUAUCACCGAGAGCGGUCAGAGAGCCAUUUUUGCUUGUCAGUUCAACCGACCACCUCACACUUUGAAAUGGUUCCGUGAUGACCGAGAACUAUGGGCACAGAAAGAAAAGAUCGAGAUCGAGACCAGCGACCAAGAAUCCAUACUCAUUAUUCAUAAUGUUGACGAACGUGAUAUCGGGCACUACUUCGCAUUACUUGACGAUGAACACAAGUCGAACGCAGCAGAACUGAUCUACUACACAGAGCCAUUACUCUGCUAUGAUGGCCCCAGCGGUCCGAUUACCGCUGGAAAACACUUCGAUUUCACUGUUGCAUUCAGAGGAUAUCCAGCGCCACGAUUGGAAAUGCUGCUUGAUGACGUCGAUUUGAGAGUGGUGGCUGAUGUAGAGACGUAUGACGAUUUUGUCUCGGUUCGAGUGAAAAACGUGAAGAAGACUUGUCACGUGCGGUUCAUAGCAAGAAACGAGCAUGGCGAACGGUCGCUUGAUAUUCCCAUUGAGGUCUUCGAUGUGCCCUCUGAGCCACUAAAUGUGACAGCGAGUGAUAUCAGCUCCACAAAUGCCACAAUUUCGUGGACGGCACCUACGUUCACCAACGGAGCACCAAUCAUAGAAUACUGCGUGGAGCGGAAAUCACUCGAGUUCUCCCGUUGGCGAACUGUUGGGCAUGUGCCGGCAGAACGUUGCUCAUUUAUCGCCAGUGACCUGUUACCGAAUGAAUUCUAUGCGUUCCGUGUGAGCGCUGUCAAUUCUAUUGGGCAAGGAAAACCAAGCAAAGCCGUAGACGUCGAAACAGCUGAAGAAACAGAAGAAGAAUUCGAGUUCUCUCUCGAAGACGAAAGAGCUACUAAAGCGAUCGAGGAUGAAGAGCAACAACAAGAGGAAGUUGAUGUCUUGUUUGCAUUCCUCCGAAGACAUUUCGUUCAUGGAAAGUUACGGGGAUUGGAGCAAAUGCUGUUCCGAUAG